AUGAGCAGUAGCACGACUUCCUCGGAACGGGCUACGCGUUCUACCUGUUCCCAGGAGCGACUCUACCUCUCGCAGGAAGAAGCGCGUCGCCUCGAAGACCUCGCGGACCAGGUGGUGCUGGACACCAUCGAGUUCUACGACAGGUUCCGGUUCGUCGAGCAGCGCGUGGUGAACCCCGAGGCCUGGAAGAGCGUGGGCCACCGCGACAACCUCGUCGUCUAUCGCGAGCGUUCGGGCCCACGUCCGACAUAUCCGUCCAUCCGGUCGCUGGACGGGAGUCUGCAGCUGGUCCCGUGCAAGGCGGCGCCGUCCGUGAAGAUCGUCGGGAUGCUGCAGGGGACGCUGGACGACGAGAUGUAUGGGUCCUUCGCGGACAGUGACGACUCGGUCAAGAUGCGCUCGACGUUCGUGGGGGACGCUAUGGAGAACUUCCAUCUGUUGGCGACGAUCGCGGAACCCAGUGAGGAGGACCCUUUUCGCUUCUGUGGAGUGGCACGUUGUACAUUGGGGAAGAGCGUCCCACUCGCCAAGACGAGAGAUGGGUUAGUCAUUAUCUCUAUGGGGAUGACAACCACGCAGCAUGGAGAGCGCAUGGGUUACUACGUCAUCCACUCAGUGGAUCUGUCCGAGCCUGCGACCAACCGCCACUACAUCCGAGCGAAAUGCUCGCUCUGCUGGCUCAAGACGGAGCUGCCCAAUGGUAAAGUGGAGCUGUAUAUGAAGGGGUUCGCAGCGCCGAUGGGGAGUAUCCCCGAGUUCGCGGCUUUCCCGGUGCUGGUGAACUGUGUGCUCGGAGUCGGGAUGACUAGCGACGCCGCGUACUCGAAGAAACUGGCCUGGAUGAUCCGAGACGCCAACAAGUCCGCCAGUCGGCACGCCGCUCCGUCACUGGACGAGUGUGUUGGACGGUGUAAGAACGCGUUCGGUGGACCGAAGAACAGCGCGAACUUCAGGCGGUGCAUCGUGUGUCGCAAGGCAGUGUGCAGCACGUGUCAAGUUGUGCGGAAGAUCCCCGUGGACGUUGUGGAUGGUCGCGUUAACGUGAACAAAUGCAGUCUGUGUAUCUUGUGCAUGCACCGAGCGAAGACGUUAAACCCCAUGGCGUUUGCAAGACGCGAUCAGCGCUGGAAGAGGUGGAAGAGUCUGGACGCAGGCAGAAGCUCUAUUACCAGCAGCAGCGAGAGGGAAUACGCACUCACUGCGGCUGCUGAGAGAACGUUCUACGAGACGCGCUAG